AUGAGUACUGAGGAUGAUAAGAGAAUCACAGUCGAGACGGAGACUGUGCAGACACCGGCACAGAACCUUUUACCUGUACAACCGGAAGAUCAAGCAGAAGACGAUUCGAUGAGUGAAAUUGCACAAGGAGAGGCGUCUGCGAAACUCAUCGACCACAAUCCGUUGUCGCUCCACAACUGUAGUGGUGCCAUCCGCAACAAGAAGUCCAGUCUCUUCAUGGACUCGUUUUUAGGAAAGGAGCCAUCGCCGUCAGUUGCGUCGGGAGUGACCCAUACUGGUGGUGCCAGCAAGCCACUCGUAACGAGUAAUCCAGCGUCCAAACCAUUCAAAGAGUCACUCGAAGAAUCGGCACUUCCGUCUCGGCCACCUCCAGUCGAGGACCACAAAUCGGAAGAGAAAACCGGCAGUUCUGCAGCCCUCGUACCGACCUCUGGUGAACAUACAAAUGAAGAUUCGACACGCAAAACUCGCGAACUUCCAAAAAAAUCCGAUUUCUUUGCCGCAAGGCUUGCAUCUGCAGUGGGUGAAAACGAGAUUAGCGACUCCGAAGAAACGUUUGUGUACGAAUCGACCGGUAAUUCUAACAGUAACGCAGUGCCCGGAGAACAAAGAUCUCACGGUCUUGCGGGCAAAAUGAGUGCCCCUCUGCUCAAUCAGAGCUCUCCUAGUGUUGCGAACGCCAAACUCUUGAACCGAGCUAAAGCCACUCGUCACACCAGUAUCGCUGCGAUACCGCCGCCCCUUUCAGAACAAUCGGAUGAUCUCCACAGUCUCAGAUUUGUAAAUCGAAACAAUCCCCAAGAAAUCCGAUCUGUAAGGUCAUAUACAACCAUGCCACAAUCGCCUGGUAAAAGACUGUCCCUGAUAUCACUUGCACAAAAUGGUGGCACUUCGGCACCCCGCCGAACCUCUCGCAAAAUAUCAAGCAAUUCAAAUGUAAAUAACGCGAGACGUAAAGCCUCUCAAAAAAGACAGCUACGAACUACGGCUUCCAAAAUAUUUGAUGCUCAUGGGGCGUCACUUCGACGUUAUUCCGGUAUUCCUGACGACGUCAAUUUAGAAGACUACAUUGAACAAACUGGUGGAGAACUAACCCCAAAGAAGUUUGCAUACCAUAGUGAUUCAGAAUACGAAGACGAUAAUAUAAGUUACGCACAUCAUGGGGAUGAUGAAGAAGACACGCAUUCUAUGUUUUAUUACUCACACCCAAAAGUCGAUUUGGAGGCUCGAAAUGGUCUAUCAGACUACGAUGAAGAAGAAGAGCACGAAGAGGAUGACCGGGCGGGACCUUUAGGAUACCAACCCGGCAUCGAUUACUACGGCGACAACUAUUUUUACCAACCGACCGAAGCUACACCGCUGAACAAAAAAACCUCGCAUUACACCGGAUACUCUCCCCACAACUUUUAUACAACGAAGACAACUUGGACAAAAUUAAGGAAUUUUGUGUAUUUCGCAUUUGUGGUUUCUUUUCUACUAACGCUGGGAUUCAUUUCGGGUUUCCUAUUAGCUACUAACAAAGAGCUACAUGAUCUGGAGAUCUCGAAAAUAACUUCCGUGCUAGUGAGCACUGAUGAGUUGGUAUUUGACGUCAUUGCCACCGCUUUCAACCCCGGCUUCUUCACGGUAGAGAUUCAUACAGUGGAACUAGACAUAUUUGCCAAAACAUCACACUUGAUUUCAGAAGGAGAUCCUUCUGCCACUCCAUACCAAACUAUCUUGCUUGGCACGGUAGAAAAUAUGGAAACCUCAUUACAAUUCCAAGGCGGCUUUUUCAGCAGGAAUUACGAUCUUUCAAGGUCGAGUGUCAAGUUAUUGAGACCCGGUAACGUGGAUGAUCGAGAUAAGCAAUGGGACCAGGUAAGCAAAAUUGAAAACGGUCUUGACAAGUGGCGACAGUUGAUUCGUUACGACUUCGAAUUAAUUGUCCGUGGCAACAUGUACUACAGAAUGCCGUUCUUCAACAGCGAAAAGAGUAUAGGUGUUCAGUGUUCCACGACGGUAAAGCUUGAUGCAGGGCCUAUUUAA